CUUCCUUUUUCUUUUCAACAGACACACACACAAACCUUCAACACCAGUUGUUGGCCAAAAAUAAACACCAUUCCUCAACCAUAUAUGUCCACUAGCCCUGGCCCCAGAAGGAGGUGGGUCAGGCCUCCCCCCAACCCCCAACCCUGUUAAGCACGGCAGGCACACCAGGCUAAACUGUUGCUCCUCUUCCCUAACAAAGCGCUUUUGUUCCCAUCAUGCAUAUAACUCAGCUUAACCGGGAAUGUCUUUUACAUUUGUUUUCCUUCCUGGACAAGGACAGCCGGAAGAAUUUAGCAAAGACUUGUUCUCAGUUGUGGGCUGUGUUUCUUGAUCCUUUGCUCUGGCCUCGGCUGCAUUUUAAUUCUCUCAUGGAACUGAGAAAGGGUAAUUUCCUCCUGAGUCCUGCUCUAAGGUGCUUGUCGAUCUGCUGGCAUUCGAGCCAAGUAAAGGUCUGCAACAUUGAAGACUGGAUGAAAAAUGCCUUGCAGAAAGGCGUCUGCAGCACUCACGAGCACCUCGCCACUGACUUUUUAGUGAAAGUUUGCAACAGGUGCCCCAACCUCCUGUCCUUGACGCUCUCUGGCUGCGGCCACGUCACUGAUGAAUGCAUUGCAUUACUGCUCCGGAGUUGCCCCAACCUUCAGACCCUCAAACUGGAAAAUUGUGUCCGGAUCACCAACCGGACACUGGCUGCGGUGACCACUCACGGGCGCUCACUGAGGACCCUGCACGUUGAUUUCUGUCGCAACGUGAGCCGAGCCGGUCUGCGGCGGGUCCGAGACCAAUGCCCCUGGCUGGUUCUGAAAGCAGAGAGAAGCGCAGACAUGAUCCCCGACAUGCUCCCCGAGGAAAAGCUGCCCCGUGACAGAAAACUCUGACGCCGCCAGCAGAAGGCCCCCGCUCUCUGAGCAGCGCGGGGCAGAUGGUUCCAAGAUUUCUCCAUUUCUCUCGGCCUAGGCAAGUUUCUGCCAGGACAGCAGCGAGCUGCCACGAGGAAGCGCUGCCUCUAGCAUCCCUUUGGCUGCUGUGGCUCGGGCCGAGCCUA